GGGGGCGGAGCCGGAGGUUCAUUGUCCCCAGGACCGUUCGGUGACGUGGGCCAGGUGUGUCAAAGGCUAUAACAGCUCCUCAGUCUGCGGCAGGUCUUUAAGAUCCUCCUCAAGCGCAGACGUGACAGUGGGGUUGCGUACCGAGAGCCAAGACGACGCUUCAUCACUCUGAAAACUGCAGUUAGUCAAAGAUGCCACUAAAACUACUCAAAAGCACGGGGAAUGAGCACAAUGAAUAUACAAAAGACCAGGAGGUGCAUGUGAUGAACCCAUACCUGGACUCCAUGGAAGAAGACAUCCUCUAUCACUUCAGCCUGAGCACAAGAACCCACAACCUGCCGAAAAUGUUCGGAGACACCAAGUUUGUGUGUGUUGGGGGCAGCGCCAGCCGCAUGAAGGCCUUCGCUGAGUUCAUGCACCAGGAGCUGGGUCUGUCCGGGAAUGCCGGCGACAUCCAGGACAUCUGUGCCGGAACAGAUCGCUACUGCAUGUACAAAGUGGGACCUGUGCUGUCAAUCAGUCACGGCAUGGGGGUCCCGUCCAUAUCAAUCAUGCUCCAUGAGCUCAUCAAACUGCUUCACCACGCUCGCUGCCGUGAUGUCAUCCUCUUCCGCAUCGGCACGUCAGGCGGCAUCGGCCUGCCGCCAGGGACGGUGGUGAUCACCGAUAAGGCAGUCGACUCCUUCUUCCAGCCUCAGUUUGAGCAGGUGGUGCUCGGCCAGGUGAUCGUCCGCAGCACGGAGCUGGACAAGGGCCUCGCACAGGAGCUGCUCCGGUGCUCCGGCGAGCUCCCGGCUCUUCCCGCCAUCAUCAGCAACACCAUGUGCACCUUCGACUUCUACGAAGGUCAAGGGCGACUGGAUGGCGCACUCUGUUCUUUCUCCCCCGAGGAGAAGCUGGAGUACCUGCACAAGGCCCACAAGGCCGGGGUGAGGAACAUCGAGAUGGAGUCCACGGUCUUCGCCGCCAUGUGCCACAUCUGUGGCCUCAGAGCGGCGGUCGUCUGCGUGACUCUUCUGGACCGCUUCGAGGGCGACCAGAUCUCCACCCCCCAUGAUGUGCUGCUGGAGUACCAGCAGCGCCCCCAGUGCCUGGUGUCCCACUUCAUAAAGAAGCGCCUGGGUCUCCCCAUCAUGCCGACACCCCCACCCCAGACCUCGCAGGGGAUGUAGGGCUGUGAUGGUAGCAUGAACCUCCUCUGUAAAUAGUGUUAAUAUUUGCAUUUACAACCUUAUUUGAAGCGGGGGCUUUGUUCUUCUUGAUAAGAAUGUUUGGUAACUAUUGAUUUCUGGAAACCAUGUUUUAUUGCUGUAAUCUUGAUUUUGUUAUGCUGUUUUGCUUUAAUAAAUCACUGUACGGACAGAA